AUGAAAGCAGGCAAAUCCGAUGUUAAAAAAUUAGGUGAUCGUCCGAGUGCUGGCGAUGUUGGUGUGCCUCCAGCUGACUCUGAUGAGGAGUAUGAUAAAUAUGAUAUUUUUGGUUAUGUAAAUAAUACACAACCAUCCAAAAAGAAAAAAAAAAAAUCGUCUGUGGUACAGCAACAUCCUUUUCACCAUCAAAUUCAACAAUUUCAAGCGGGCGGCGACCUGCUGAAAUUUGUUGAACCACAACCACCAAAAACGUUAGAUGAAACAACAUAUAUUUAUGUUGAUACAAUUGACAAGCUGAACAAUAUGAUGGAUCAUCUUAAAGAACAACAAGAGUUAGCUGUCGAUUGUGAAAGACACAGUUAUCGUUCAUAUCAAGUCUUCACUUGUCUCUUACAAAUAUCAACGCGGUCGAACGAUUAUCUUGUAGAUACGUUGGUGUUAAGAGAAGAAUUACACGUAUUAAAUACUGUAUUUGCCAAUCCAAAAACAUUAAAAGUAUUCCAUGCUGGUACAUCAGAUAUUGAAUGGCUAUACAAUGAUUUUGGUAUAUAUAUUAUAAAUAUGUUUGACACAUUCCAUGCG